AUGGAUACCCAGAACAAUCAAACGGAGACCAAUCAGACGGAGAACGUUCCAACACCUGCACCAGUUUCUUGCAGGAAGCAUGUGAAGGAUGAGAAUGCCACUUUCUUUGCAAACCUCAAGGGUCACAUUGAUGAAUUCGUUCAUGCCUCAAUGGAUGAACACAAGGCUUGCUUCCAAAACACCAUGAACAAGAUAUUAGAGAGGGCCAAGGCGAUUGGAGAGAAGAAGGUUGAGGUUAAGGAAGUCUAG